ACUUUGGCACGAAUGACACGGAUCCUGCGCCUCAAUCGGCCUUACAAGUGCCUGAAGCUGGGAGGAGAGCUACACUUGGAAAUGGGAAAAAUUUCGGUGAUUUUCUUGGUUUCCUCGGCCCUGCGCAGUCUUGGGAGCUGUGCCCUUAAUGAUUUUCUAUGUAUCUGGAGGAGCGUUGGUGAAGAGGAGAGGAGUCAAGUAUCCCAAAAACCCACCAAAUUUCUCGCAACAUCACGAGAAAACUGAAGGAGAGUGAUUUUUAUUCGUCUGAGUAUUAAUGAGGCGGAUUCAGGGGAUCAAAGUUUACAUAUCUUAGUAUCUAUGAGUUAUUUUCUGAGAUCGAUUAUUCCAAAUUUCAGCAAAGAAUUCAAUGAAUGUAUCAAAUAACUAACGCUACGCGGCAUCUGACCUGUAGGGUGAUCUGAGUAAGGCAUUUCCUUCCGGAGUGUCACUUCGUCCAGCUCUCAAAUUGCACAUGAAAUAGUUUUCAGUCAGCUAAAGAAUUUGUUUUUAAAUUGCCGCGUUGGUUUGGAGGCUGCGUUGUUCGAUACCCAUUGGCUGACGGGCUGGAAGAUGAUUAACUCAGGUUCAAAAAUGUUCAUUCUAUGUAGAAUUACUUUGGCUGUAGUGCUAUGCCUUCCUAUAUCUGGAUUAAUAUUGCCUCCAAAUAUAUCUCAAGGAGUUUAUUGUGAGACCUGUAGUGCUGUUAUGAAAGAGCUAGACAAGUUUUUGGCAAAAAAGAGCUCAGAUCCCAGAGAGCUGCAGGUGGUAGAAGCAAUAGAGGAUGUUUGUAGAUCAAAACAUUUGAAAAAGUAUGGAUAUUCGCCAAUAACUCUUGUCAACGCCUGUAAAUUUUUCAUGGAGAAACAUGAAGAGGAUAUAGAACAACUGUACCUAAAAGGGGUUGAUAAGGUCAACACAGAAAAAGAAGUUUGUUACAAGUUGAGCAAGAUAUGUGAUGGUGUGGACAGAAGUAAAAAAGCGAAAGAUCCCCUUCAGAAACGCUCCAAGCACGACAAAGCGAAGUUGGUGGAACAGAUUAAAUUACAAGAGCGACAGCGUGCGAUGGGAGGCGGCACGAGAGAUAAAAAGGUUGUCUACAAAGAGAAAACUGAUUUAUAGUUAAAACUAAUGAAAUCAAUAUACCCAGCAAGUUGAGAUAUUUCUUUGUAGGCAGGAAUUUUCUUGGUUUUUUGCCGAGUAAUGCAGUCGACAUUACCUUUUGAAAUCACUGUAAUGACGUGAAAAAUGUUAUAAAUUACAGCAAUGCGGUGCACAAGAUUGAUGGCUUACGCAGCGUUUUGCGGCAACUUGCAACACGUUUGAUAAAUGUACACGAAGGAACGCGAGUACCUACAUGAUAUACACACAUGCAACGUGAAACGCAAACUUGACUGAGCAAGAGCAUUUCCUCCUAGCUUUCUCAGCUGAUGUUCCAUCAUGACGACGAAAGUACAAAUACAUUUUCUAAGUGGUGAUGCUCAGCUGAGAAAUAUCUUGCGUGCACCGCAACCAGUAAGAGACCUUUUCCGGAGUUGUGUCAUUGUGUCAUAGUUUUCUUGUAAAUGCGGGAGCGGGGAGAAUUGGCUCUUAGCUGUAAAUUUUAUGGAAACUUAACAAGCUUCAUAAAUUCUCCUUUAACUAUAUUUUUUAAAAAAAUUAAUUCCUUAAAAGAGAACUAUUAACGGCAAUUAUUUUACGUAGUCAACGAUCAGUACCUUCUUUCCCAGUAUGGUUAGGCCUGAUUAUAGGCCGUAAAUUAUUCCGAUACUUUAUCCCUUCUGAGUUAAUUAUGCCUUUACCUUCAGCAGACAAUAACUAAAUUAAAUACUAUGCUUUUUGUCA